AUGUACAAGAAUACUUAUAAAAACGAGCAUGUGAACAAUAGUGAACGUUCUCACUUUCUCAAAACACAAGCCGUCCCUGCAGUUGAACAGAUCACAGGAACUAGUUAUCGAAAUCAACAGCCGAAACGGGAUGUAAUGACGACGACGAUGACAAGUUGGGAUUCAACACCGGUCAAACGUGGCAACUUUAUUUGUGGACCACACUCAGCAUUUGCACGGCUUUUUCCAGAUAAAUACCGGCACCAGGAAGAGUCAACUCGUAAACCACGAUCGUUAUCCAUUGACACUCAACGUGCAGGUGUUGAUCAUGUGACAAUUCCGCGUAUACCAAGUGACAAUGAAGAUUGUGGAGGUUGUUUGGAUAAAGUGAAAAGGUCGCGUCGUGUUCGAUUUGAUACAAACGAAUAUGACAAUUCUCUACAUAUUCGUACUAAAUCCGAACCGUAUCUAAACCGAGUGGACCUAUCGACCGAAUGUUUAGGCAAUGAAAUCAACUGUGAUCCUAAUCCUGAAGUCAUACGUUGUGAUAAUCCAAAAGAAGUUGUCUAUACUCAGAAAGUAGGCGUUCGCUAUUUAAGACCGCCUACACCACCGCCACCAGGGCCGCUCGUUAUUCGUGAAGUUCAUCCAGCACCGCCAGUCGAUCCUCCACCACUCAUCGUUUCAACAACACCACCACUACCACCUCGAACUCCGUCACCGAUCAUCGUUCGCGAACAACCACCAACUCCACCGGUUUAUCAACCGCCUAAAGUCAUUACAAAGAAACUGCCACCUCUUCCAACUCCUCCACGUCGCGUUGUUAUCAAACGUAAACCGCCACUACCAGCAAAACCUCGACCCGUCAUCAUUGAAAAAUGGUUGCCGUACAAAGCAACGCCUCAACGACCUAUUCUCUAUCAACGAGCAGAAAAUGUCGAUCGAAAUCGAUGUCCUCAGCGUAAUGUCAUCGUGCAGUAUGAUCCGCCUCGCGUUCAUGUCAAACAGAAAGUACAAACAUUCGGCUGCUUUCGCGUUGAUCCAGAAGCUUAUCGAGCUCAACAUGGUUCAUCACUUCAAAGCACAAAUAGUAUCCGCAAAGUUUUAGAAAAGAUUGGCUGUAAUACCGAUCUGAUAACAUCAACAGGAUAUAGUACCAACUGUUCGGCAAUGUACAAUCAAAACGAGAAUUGUUCACAUUAUGACUACCCGCGACUAUCAACAACUUGUUUCACGGAUGAACAAUUAGAUGCACUGAUCGGCACAGCAAUACCAUCAAUGAAAUUACAAAGCACAGAAAAUCACUACGAUAUACCAAAAAUAUGCCACGACAACGAUGAUUAUAAUUUGAGAAUUUCAUCAACAGUAUAA